AUGAUUCCGCCCAGUGAGUCGACCAAAUUGGAGGCUGCAGGAGCAUUCGUUGAAUACGUUGGAAGCGGGAAGUUGAAGGAUAAGAAGGUGCUCAUUACUGGUGGAGAUUCCGGGAUCGGUCGCUCAGUUGCCAUCUUAAUGGCAAGAGAAGGGGCCGACAUUACAAUUGUCUAUCUACCUGAUGAGCAAAUCGAUGCAGAUGAUACGAAAAAGAUGAUCGAGGCGGAGAACCGAACGUGUAAUCUCUUUUCCGGGGAUCUCAGGGAUAACGAUACUUGUCGAAGGGCUGUCGAGGAUCAUGUGAAAAAAUUUGGAAGAAUCAAUGUCCUCGUCAACAAUGCAGGGAAGCAAUGGUUGUGCAAGGAGUUCACGGAGAUUGAUCUCAAUGUCGUCGAAGACAUCUUCCGAACAAACGUCCUACAAAUGUUUGCUGUCACAAAAUUUGCGCUUCCUCAUAUGAGCAAGGGAGACUCAAUCAUCAACACGACCUCUGUGACGACUUUCCGUGGCACGAGCAGCAUGAUCGACUACGCAUCGUCCAAAGGUGCAAUUGUGGGGUUCACGAGGGCACUGGCGACGAGCUUGCUACCAAAGGGAAUUCGAGUCAAUGCAGUAGCACCUGGUGCGAUUUAUACGCCAAUCCAGGUCGAUACAAGACCUGCGCAACAGAUGCAAGGCUGGUAUUCAAAUUCACCUAUUGGGCGUCCAGGGCAGCCAAGUGAGGUCGCGACCUCUUUUGUUUUUCUAGCAAGCGCUGAGGCGUCACUGUAUUACGGGCAAAUUCUCCACCCUUACCCAAUUGGUUCUUAG